CCGUCCGCACUGCGGCACAGAGCCGAGGCUUGCUCUGAGCCCGCGUCGCUGGUGGGUUGAGUGGCUGUACCACUGCCCCACUCCGCGCCCGCCCCACUAGGCGCGGGCAGUCAAUUUGCACUGCUCCGGGUGUCGGCUCGGGCGGGACAGGCCGUUCUGCGUCCUCCUUUCCAGUUUCUUAGACAUUUCUGCAAGAAGAACAUGAAUGUGGAUCUCCAGGGAAUUGCAGCAUUAACCAGUAAUGCCUUGGGCCUGGUGUGGUGGCUCACAACUAUAAUCCUAACACUUUGGGAGGCUGAGGCGGGCGGAUCACAUGAGGAUCCUGAUUGAGUCAGUUCUUAACAUUCUCAGUCCUCUGCAUAAAGCUGAGAAAUGCCUACCGCUGAGAGUGAAGCAAAAGUAAAAACCAAAGUUCGCUUUGAAGAAUUGCUUAAGACCCACAGUGAUCUAAUGCAUGAAAGGAAAAAACUGAAGAAAAAACUUGUCAGGUCUGGAGAAAACAUCUCGCCUGGCACUAUUAGAAGCAAUCUUCACUAUAUUAAAGAAACUACAAGUGGUGAUCCUGACACUAUUAAAAGCAAUCUUCACCAUAUUAAAGAAACUACAAGUGAUGAUGUAAGUGCUACUAACACUAACAACCUGAAGAAGAACAUGAGAGUCACUAAAAACAAGUUGAGGAAUACACAGUCAGCAACUGAAAAUCCUAAUGGUGAUGUUAGUGUAGAGGAAGACAAACAGGAAAAGCCAAAUAAAAAGGUGAUAAAGACGGUGCCCCAGUUGGCUACACAAGACAUGAAACCAGAAACUCCUGAGAAGAGGGUUGAUUCUACAUACCAGAAAGCACAUACAAAGCCACAACCAGGUGUUGGUCAUCAGAAAAGUGAGAAGGCAAAUGAGGAAAGAGAAAAGAAUGAUUUAGAAGAGGAUGAAGCACUGAUGCAAGCAUAUCAAUGCCAUGUAACUGAAGAAAUAGCAAAGGAGAUUAAAAAGAAAAUAAGAAAGAAACUGAAAGAACAGUUGAGUUACUUUCCCUCAGAUUCUUUAUUCCAUGAAGACAAAUUGAGCAGUGAAAAAGGGAAAAAGAAAAAAAAGAAAGUUCCUAAAGCUGAAACAAGUACAUUGACCAUCUCUGGUGACACAGUUGAAGGUCAACAAAAGAAGGAGUCUCCAGUUAGACCAGUUACUUCAGAUUCUCAUCAAGAUGGUGAAAUAAGUUCAAUGGAACAAAACGCAGAAGACAGCAUGGAAGAUAAUUCAAAACCCAAACCAAAAAAAACAAAAAAGAAGACUAAAGCAGUUGCACAUGAUAACGAAGAUGUUCACGGUGAUGGUGUUCACAAAAUCACAAGCGGAGAUAGCCCAGUUUAUCCCAAAUGUUUGCUUGAUGAUGACCUUGUCCUGGGAGUUUACAUUCACCGAACUGAUAGACUUAAGUCAGAUUUUAUGAUUUCUCAGCCAAUGGUAAAAAUUCAUGUGGUUGAUGAGCAUACUGGUCAAUAUGUCAAGAAAGAUGAUAGGAAACGGCCUGUUUCAUCUUAUUAUGAAAAAGAGAAUGUGGAUUAUAUUCUUCCUAUUAUGACCCAGCCAUAUGAUUUUAAACAGUUAAAAUCAAGACGUCCAGAGUGGGAAGAACAAAUUAUAUUUAAUGAAAAUUUUCCCUAUUUGCUUCGAGAUUCUGGUGAGAGUCCUAAAGUCAUCCUGUUCUUUGAGAUUCUUGAUUUCUUAAGCAUGGAUGAAAUUAAGAAUAAUUCUGAGGUUAAAAACCAAGAAUGUGGCUUUCGGAAAAUUGCCUGGGCAUUUCUUAAGCUUCUGGGAGCCAAUGGAAAUGCAAACAUCAACUCAAAACUUCGCUUGCAGCUAUAUUGCCCACCUACUAAGCCUCGAUCCCAAUUAAGUGUUGUUGAGGUGUUUGAAUGGUGGUCAAAAUGUCCAAGAAAUCGUUACCCAUCAACACUGUAUGUAACUGUAAGAGGACUGAAAGUUCCAGACUGUAUAAAGCCAUCUUACCGCUCUAUGAUGGCUCUUCAGGAGGAAAAAGGUAAACCAGUGCAUUGUGAACGUCAGCAUGAGUCAAGUUCAGUAGACACAGAACCUGGAUUAGAAGAUUCAAAGGAAGUAAUAAAGUGGAAACGACUCCCUGGGCAGGCUUGCCGUAUCCCAAACAAACACCUCUUUUCACUAAAUGCAGGAGAACGCGGAUGUUUUUGUCUUGAUUUCUCCCACAAUGGAAGAAUACUAGCAGCAGCUUGUGCCAGCCGGGAUGGAUAUCCAAUUAUUUUAUAUGAAAUUCCUUCUGGACGUUUCAUGAGAGAAUUGUGUGGCCACCUCAACAUCAUUUAUGACCUUUCCUGGUCAAAAGAUGAUCGCUAUAUCCUUACUUCAUCAUCUGAUGGCACUGCGAGGAUAUGGAAAAAUGAAAUAAACAAUACAAAUACUUUCAAAGUUUUACCUCAUCCUUCUUUUGUUUACACGGCUAAAUUCCAUCCAGCUGUAACAGAGCUAGUAGUUACAGGAUGCUAUGAUUCCAUGAUACGGAUAUGGAAAGUUGAGAUGAGAGAGGAUUCUGCCAUAUUGGUCCGACAGUUUGAUGUUCACAAAAGUUUUAUCAACUCACUUUGUUUUGAUACUGAAGGUCAUCAUAUGUAUUCAGGAGACUGCACAGGGGUGAUUGUUGUUUGGAAUACCUAUGUCAAGAUUAAUGAUUUGGAACAUUCAGUGCACCACUGGACUAUAGAUAAGGAAAUUAAAGAAACUGAGUUUAAGGGGGUUCCAGUUAGUUAUUUGGAGGUUCAUCCCAAUGGAAAACGUUUGUUAAUCCAUACCAAAGACAGUACUUUGAGAAUUAUGGAUCUCCGGAUAUUAGUAGCAAGGAAAUUUGUAGGAGCAGCAAAUUAUCGGGAGAAGAUUCAUAGUACUUUGACUCCAUGUGGGACUUUCCUGUUUGCUGGAAGUGAGGAUGGUAUAGUGUGUGUUUGGAACCCAGAAACAGGGGAACAAGUAGCCAUGUAUUCUGACCUGCCAUUCAAGUCACCUAUUCGAGACAUUUCUUAUCAUCCAUUUGAAAAUAUGGUUGCAUUCUGUGCAUUUGGGCAAAAUGAGCCAAUUCUUCUGUAUAUUUAUGAUUUCCAUGUUGCCCAGCAGGAGGUUGAAAUGUGCAAACGCUACAACGGAACAUUUCCAUUACCUGGAAUACACCAAAGUCAAGAUGCCCUAUGUACCUCUCCAAAACUACCCCAUCAAGGCUCUUUUCAGAUUGGUGAAUAUGUCCAUACUGAAAAUUCUUCAACAAAGAUGCAACUAGUCAAACAGAGACUUGAAACUGUCACAGAGGUGAUACAAUCCUAUGCUGCAAAAGUCAACAAAAAUCUCUCAUUUACUUCACCACCAGCGGUUUCCUCACAACGGUCUAAGUUAAAGCCGUCAAACAUGCUGACCACCCAAGAGAUUCUACAUCAGUUUGGUUUCACUCAGACCGGGUUUAUCAGCAUGGAAAGAAAGCCUUAUAACCAUCAGGUGGAUACAGCACCAACGGUAGUGGCUCUUUAUGACUACACAGCGAAUCGAUCAGAUGAACUAACCAUCCAUCGCGGAGACAUUAUCCGAGUGUUUCUCAAAGAUAAUGAAGACUGGUGGUAUGGCAGCAUAGGAAAGGGACAGGAAGGUUAUUUUCCAGCUAAUCAUGUGGCUAGUGAAACACUGUAUCAAGAACUGCCUCCUGAGAUAAAGGAGCGAUCCCCUCCUUUAAGCCCGGAGGAAAAAACUAAAAUAGAAAAAUCUCCAGCUCCUCAAAAGCAAUCAAUCCAUAAGAACAAGUCCCAAGAUUUCAGACUAGGCUCAGAAUCUAUGACACAUUCUGAAAUGGGCAAAGAACAGAGCCAUGAGGACCGAGGGCACAUAAUGGAUACACAGGUGAGGAAGAAUAAGCAAGCAGGCCAAAAAGUCGCUCUAAUAGAGUAAAGAAUUGAAGAAAAGUGAAGAGAUACCCAAAUGCACAGAGGUGAAGUGACAAACCAAAUGGAAUUUCUUUUCAGAGUUCAGAAUUUUCAGACACUAAAGAGGAAGAAAGGAUCCAUUACUUGUUGUCCUUGUGAAUGACUCUAGAAAAAUCAGAAUCAACUUGUGGGUGGAAAAAUCAAUGUGGCCUUUGAUUGUUAUAUACCGUUGUGAUUGUUAGUUGGUCAAAGUAUCGGUACUUGUAUUAUUAGUAGUUGCAUCAUAAUUACAUUACCAGUGUUGGAAAACUAAAGAAGAAAACACUAUAAUUGCUACUCAGCAAAUGUGAAUAAAAGGUGUUUGCAUUGUUAGGAUGUCUGUUAAGUAAGCAUUUAAUAUUAUUAUAUCGGUAAUGUGGUUAUAUUUGUGAUGUUAUGGCCAGAAUAUGAAGUAUCUGCUUUUGAAAUUUACUGUAUUUAAAAGAUAAGCAGCUGGCUGGGUGCGAUGCCUCACGCCUGUAAUCCCAGCACUUUGGGAGGCCAGGAUGAGCAGAUCACCUGAGGUCAGGAGUUCAAGACCAGCCUGACCAACAUAGCGAAACCCCAUCUCUACUAAAAAUACAAAAAUUACUCGGGCGUUGUGGCAGGUGCCUGUAAUCCCAGCUACUUGGGAGGCUGAGGCAGGAGAAUUGCUUGCACCUGAUAGGCAGAGAUUGCAGUGAGCCAAGAUCACACCAUUGCACUCCAGCCUGGAUGACAGAGCGAGACUCUGUCUCCAAAAAAAGAUGAGGAGCUUUAGAAUAUGGUGUAUUCAAAGUGGUCACAGUAACAAAAGCAUUAAAAGAAAACAAUUUACUUUCAAAUUAAAAUUUUGUGUUUCUUAAGAACAAAUCAUAUGGGUAACUUCAUACAGCUAAACUAAAAGUGACUUUUGGCUGGACUGGCAACAGUGUUCCAAAUGUCUUUUACUUUUUUAAAAAAAAGGCAUUUCAUAUUUAAGCAUAUACCUUUUUUGUAGACUUACAUUGUUUAAUAUUUAUUUUAGUCUUAAUAUUUUUACAUUAUUAUAAUGCAUUAUUAUGUAUUUCUAAGUUCCAGAAUAAUAGUGUCAUUAUUAUAGACUGUAUGUUUUGAAGUUUGAUAUAAUAGCGGUAUUCAUUUUUUGCUCUUUUCUUGACUUUUCUCCUUUCUCAACUGUGUGAUAAGGUCUGCUGAUAAAAUAUUUAACACCAAGAAAGUGAAAACUAAUAGAAAAUUAGAAAGACUUAUUUUCCAAAUUAGACAAUCAAUCCCAUUAAAAUAAGAAGUGAGAAAAACAAUGUUGGUCAUUGAGGUAUAAAUUUUGCCCAGAUGUAUACCCAGUGUGAAAUAUCUUCUAGUAAAAAUAUAUUUGGCUCUUAUCCCUGCACAUGUUGAAGAGGCAUAAAAAUUGGUAAACAUGUCUCUGCUGUGUAGAACUUUAAAAAAAAAAAAAGGCAUUUCGGAAAGUGUUGAGUGGCACUGAUAACUGCUGAAGCCUGCAGCUGUGAACCCAGAAGCCUGUUCUGAUGGCACUAAGUUUUCAUUGUUCUGAAUGCAUAAGUCUGUGCAUCAGGUACAGCUGGGCCCAGCCAGCUUGAGUCACUCUUGUACAAGCUUCUUUUUAUCUGUCUUGUGAAUGCACUUGAUAAUUUAAAAAUAAAAAUAUUUGUUUCUCUGCCGUUUCAUCUCA